AUGGAGGCGGCGGGGGGCAUCCUGGAGAAGAGCAGGGAGCUGAGCGAAAUUUUGAUGAAGUCAUUUAAAAACGAAGUGGGGAGCGUGACGUACCUGAACGAGUGCAGAAAUAGGGACUGCUCGGAAUUCUACGGGGCGUUUUACCUGGUGUAUUCGGACCUGAUCGAGAAGGACAAGUCGUUGAGCGUUUUUAAGGAGCACCUGGUGUUCCUCUCCUUUUGUUACAUGAACAAGUUGUUGGCCAAGCAUUAUCAUGUGUACCCCCAGGAGAGUAAAGUGAGCAUCCGAAACAGUUUUAUUAAUAUCCUGUUCAGUCUGCCAAUCAAUUUGCAUCACGAGCUGGAUGGGACUACCCUCCACAUGAAGGAGAAGUCAGUCGAAGCAGUGAAGAAGAGAUUCGCGGAGGUUUUUCUGAACCCUUGUAACAUGUUGAUGGGGAAUUACCUGAACGAGAGGGACAGCUACGUCAUCCGCUUUUAUAUAAAUUCCACGAAGAAUAAGUUCGCCCAGAUUUUUAGCGUCCUCUGCCUGCACAACGAGUACUUUUACUUUAGGUACUUAUUUAACUUCCUCCUCUUCUUCGUGCGGGAGUUCCUGACGCGGCGCUUGGCCUCGCAGGGGGGCGGAAGCGGCGCCAGCGGUAUCGAUGGCGGAAGUGGCGAAAGCGGUAUAGAUAACCGCUCCGCCGAUGGCGGGUACUUCGCCACCGUGGUGCACAUCUGCCUGAGCUUCCUGCGGGAGGUGUUCUACACCAUCAGCAACGAGAGCAGCAGCAACGUGCAGAGCAAGCAGCAGCUGAACGUGUUCAGGGGGCUCAUCAUAAACGAGGCGAGCGAGCUGUUUGAGUUCCUCUCCAUUUGUUUUUACAACAGCUUGAGCGGCAGGAACCGGGCGGAGUUCGAGCUGCUCAUCGAGUGCGUCAAGGAGCUGUCCUUCUUCUUCCCCGCGCACCUGUUCGUCAACCGCCGGGGGGGCAGCAGCUCCCCCCUCAAGUUCCUCCUGAACUUGCUCUUCGUGCGCUUCGCGGGGAGCGGCGUGAUAAGCGGCGGCUUGAGUGGCGGCUUCAGCGGGGGUAGGGGGGAGGCCCCCCUUGCGCUGAACCAGUUCGACGCGCUGUACAACGGGUACCUCUCGGCGAGCGAACUGGGCUGCCUGUCGCCCGGCGUGCGGGCCUUCCUGGCGGAGCUCGAGCUGGAGGAGCACCUCCUGCUCAUCUUCCUCAACGUCAUCGAGUACAUCACUAAGAUCAACAGCAAGACGUUUGUCCAGCUGGACGAAAGGGAAUUGAUGCAAUUUCUGGAGAGCUACUUUAACAUAAAUCUGAACCUCUUCGACGUGGCUAGCUACUCCUAUCAGAACUUGUACAUUAGGAUGAUCCUCAACCUCUCCUCCAUCCCCAUUUCAAAUUACCUGCACGAGAAGGAAAAUAAGAAAAAAUGCCUGCACAUGUACAUACUAAAUGUGUUCAAAAAUGUGUACCACCCAGAUGUGAAGAUUCUAGCCAAUGUGCUAGCCAUUUGCAAAAAUGUGUUCGAUCAUAAUAGGGAGCUGAUAUACAUAAGGAACAGGGAGAGUGAAGUGGCUAGUCAGCACUAUAACAUCCAUAGGCUCGAGAGAGACAACCUGCUGGACCAAAAUAAUGAAAAGCUGUUUAACCCCGGUGCACAGCUAGUCGUCCACGUGGAGGACCUGAAGAAGCUCUUCAUGCUCAUGUUCAUUCGGUUUAUGCGGAUCCCUUUGUACACUGAUCGGGGCCGUCUUAACAAAAGAAUGAUGAUGAGCUUCGUUAGGAACUUUAUUAGUGAAUACAAUGAGGAGUGGUUUGAGGCGUACUUCCGCUACGUUCGGGAGGACUCUAUGGGUGGGGAGGAUGCAGAUGAUGGUCCCACCACUUCCAACCAACCAGGUCGCAGUGACAAUACGAAGAAUAUAUUGAAGCAUAAAAUUUUUGCCUUAUCCCGUGUGCUGGUGGGACUUAACCAUGAGGUGUUCUCCCUCAUGGUGGGGGUCUUUUGCGAGUUUUUUAAAUUUUAUAAAAAUAUUGCAGUGGAAAAUUUGUGCAACGAAUCGCUGAAGGUGAAGGACUACUUCGUGUACGUGCUGCUUCGCGUGUACUGCGAGUUGCUGGUUUUUUUUGUGCAGACGCUGAAGGAGUGCAAGUCGUUGGUGACUGGGGGGGACGCGGAGGUGAACGAGGAGGUCAUCUCCUUUCAGCUGCUGCCUUCCGGGGAGAAGGAGGCCUACUUGCAGGGAAUCACGCAUUUGAGGGACUCCCUCUCGAAGCGCCUCCUCGGGAAGGGUGGCAGUGAAGCGGCGGGGGUGGAGAUGGAGCGGCAGAUGGGGCAGGUACCCACCUGGGGGCGGGGCGACCGGGGGGAUGACUCCGUGGAGGAGCUCAAGAAGCGAAAGGAGAAGAUCGAGCUGCAGAUGCACAUAAUCAGUUGCAUCCAGAAGUACGGGGGGUCGCCCUACUACGAAAUUAGCCCCGAGUGCAUCAACAGCUUGCUGGGCUGCCACCGGCAGAUUUUAGAUGGGGACUUCGUCGGCAUGUGCAAGGUGUCGCCCGGCUUCCUGCUCUUCGAGGUGCGGCGGCUGCAGUUCCUCUCCGAGAGCACCUACCUGCUGCACUACAACAAGCAGUGCGCCUUUUACAUGAUGGAGAGCCUGCUGCGGAGCAUCGUGCAGGGGGGAGCGGGGUUAGCGGCCCCAUCGGGGUUAGCGGCCCCAUCGGGGUUAGCGGCCCCAUCGGGGUUAGCGGUCUCAUCGGGGUUAGCGGCCUCAUCAGGGUUAGCGGCCUCAUCAGGGUUAGCGGCCUCAUCAGGGAUGGCAGCUCACCCCGCUCACCCCGCCGACGCCAACACCUCCGUGGAGCUAAAGAAAAACUACUUCGCCAUCUUCACCGCCAUCAUCUCCAAUCUGAAGCACCUGGUGACGAACGAAAUGCUGGAGAAGAUGCUAAACACCUUCCUGGAAUUCAAGUCGAGCACCGCUGUCUUCAAGUGCAACAGGGAGCUGUGCGUGUUUCUGCUGACCCUCAUUUCGGUGCUGAAGGUCGAUGAAGUGAAUGGCAAGGUGAUCCCCUCCUACUUGAGGCUCGUCCUGGAGGAGCCGUUUGCUUUCCUCGCCGAUUUUGCAAAGAGCGCGCCGUCCUUCGAGAGCCUCUACGAGCUUUUGUUCGGGGAGGGCAGGAAGGCCGAGGUCGGCCACACGCUCCUCGACGUGCUCAAGGUGGCCCAGACGUACUUCUCCGUCUUUCCCUUCGCGAAGAUGGGGGGGCUGUUUAGCAAAAUUAGCGGCGUUAGCGAAGGUAGCGAAGGUAGCGGCGUUGGGGGGUUUGGCGGCGCUGGCGGGGCGAUGCUGCAGAUCAGCCUGGAGCUGUUCGCGCGGGUGAUGCACGUGUACCCGGGGAUGAACGAGAUGCUGAGGAGCUGCCGGUCGUUCGAGGCGCACCCCCUGCUGUGCGCGGAGGUGAGUUACUUCCACCUGAGCGGGCGGGAGCGCGAAAUCGCGGGUGCGUGCUCGCGCGCGGGCAGAGAGGGGAGAAGCGGUAUGGGCCGCGUUGGCGGCCCUGGGGGCAGCAGCGGGGUUGGGGGGGCACCCCCCAUGAGGGGGAGCUGCAGGAGGUCCGGCCUGACGAUGAAGUCCCUGCACGAAAACGUGUGCGGCGUGGUGAAGCGGUUCAUCGGGGAGGGCUACCUCUGCGUAUACAACGAGACGGAGAAGCUGUUCCUGGAGGUGCUGGCGCCCGCGUUCGACUACGGCCCCUACCACUUCAUGGCUCAGAACGUGCAGCAGGUGUACCUCUGUCUCAGCGAGAAGCUGCGGCAGCAGUUGGGGGAGCGAACGGUGAAAGAGUUGGAGGCCAACUGGUGCGAAAGGAUCUUCUCCCAGUAUGUGCUGAAGCACUACAGCUAUUUCAAGGCCAAUUUCGAGCACAUCCAGAUGGUUAAUGAGCAGCUAAACAGACAGAAGGAUAUGCACGAUGAUGAAUAUGUCAUGUAUGGCGACCUACUCUACCAUAAUAAGCACUACAUAUUUACGUUUUUAAAAACGUGCAAAAAUGCUUUUACAGUUCCAAACGAAUUUAAGAAUAACCCGGAGGGGAGAUCCUUCUUUGGUCGCUUCUAUCGAGAUGAUAAGAAUGAAACGCUGAACACGUUGCUCAUAACUUUGGAGUUACUUCUGCACAGCUACGACUGUAACAUUGUGAAGAGGUCCUUAAGUUUAUUUUUAGAUCUUUCAGAUUCGAUUUUGUUGCUUCCUUUUGAGUCUUCCCAUUUCGUAAUCUACCUGGGGAUGCUCAAAAUCGUUUUGAGAUCCUUCCUACUGUUUAACCCGCCCAUCCUGACGCUGCAGCAGAGGGGCAGGGACCAUGGGGGGGAGGCACUCACCAAUGCUGCUACCCUGUUUAAGAGAUAUCAAGAGGGUGGUGCAGGGGGGGAAGGAGACCCCCAUGGAGAGUUUAAUAAUGACUCCGUGGAAGUAUACACGGGAGAAAUGAACCUCUUUGUGAGGAACGACCCUCAAGAAUUAACAUCCUAUUUGCAUGUGAUCCCCUCGGCCUUCAUCAAGAUUUGCAAAAAUUAUUUCUCCUUGCAAGCUAAGGUGUACCGACUGAAGGAGAGUGCGGGCACCUCCUUGGAGGAGCUGCUUCAGUUGGACAGUGUAAAGCACUUUCUCUUUCUGUUGGAGGACUUGGGGGGCGGCUCCUCCUCCUCCUUGGACGUCCGCGCCAUCGUCGCGGACUUGUUCCGGCAGAACGCCUGCGACUAUUUGCGCGGCGCGCUCAUGUCCCCGGUGCCGCGGGCUGCACGUCAGCUCCUGUGGUUGCUCCUGUGGCUGCUAGUUUGGGUGUUGACAGGGAAGGGCCCCUGCGUUCGCAGCUUCACCUUGCAGAGGGGUCUCCAAGGGUCAGUUCACCCCUGGGGAGGGAGGAAGAAGGGCCCAACCCCCAGGGUGGGCAGGGCGCUGCAGAGGCCGGUCACCGCGUUGAGGUCCACGGAGGAACUCGACGAUUAUAAAUACUUUACGGAUGAUGAGUAUAUCCCGCCGCUGCCCCCCGUGGAGACGUGGGAGGAGCUGCUGAUGAAGGAGGAAAUCCGAAACCGGGCGGAGGACGAGCAGCGGGGCGCGGACGACUACACGCUCACGCACGAGAGCAGGCAGAAGGUCCUGGACAUCAUGCGGCAGACGCGGCUAAUCAACCACUGCAAUUACGAGGCGCAGCGGAACCGGCAGAAGAACGUUCUGUACUUCGUGACGCCCAAGCAGGGUUAG